AAAAAAAUGAGCAUGCUUUGUGAGGAGCAAUCAUCGACUGAUGGCGGCGCCAGGGACAUCCGAGACAUAAGGUAGGAAGUGUUCUCAUUGGACAUAAGACUACCCUCUUCUCUUACUCCCCUCCCCUGCGGGCCCCGAUCUAUCGAGACAUCGGAAUGGAGUUCGUGGAAGGAGAGGCGCGGCCGCGUUUCCUCUUCCGAGGCGGCGUCGGGGGCGCCGCCGCCGCCGGCGACGGGGACGCUGGAACCCUAAAAGUCCACAAGCUCCACGCGGCCGCCUGCCUCUCCGCCGCCUCCCUCCUCCUCUUCGCCGUCGUCUCCCUCUCCCAUUCCCCAUCCCUCUCCUCCCUCCUCGCCUGGGCCUCUCUCUCCCUCAUGCUCGCCCCCUUUGCCCCGCCCUCUGCUACCGGCGGCGACCCCCGCGUCGGCCGUGGCCCCCUCCUCCCCGACCCUCCCGCCGCCCCCACCGCCCGCUCCGGCCCCGACGAGCCUCGGAAGCGGAACCUUGCCCGCCGCCCCAGAUCUCAGCCACCUCCGCCGCCGUCCGGUCCUCCUUCGUCUCCGGUCGUUUCCAGUCCUCCAAUCUCCAAGAAGCCAGAGGAGAGAAGCGGCGAUCCGAACUCUAAUGGCAGCGGAUCGGCCAAGGAAGUGGAGGGAGAGAAGGAGUGGACUGAUGAGGAUUUCGAGCUUCUAAAGAGGCAGAUCUUGAAGCAUCCGGUCGGCGAGCCGAAGCGGUGGGAGAGAAUCGCCGAAGCCUUCCGUGGGCGGCACGGAUUGGAUAGUGUGAUCAAGACUGCCAAAUCCUUGUCGGAGAGGAAGCCUGCAACUGGGGAAUCUUUCCAGCAAUUCUUGAAGCAGAGGAAGCCAUUGGACAAGCGAGUCGACGCCAUUGUUGGGGACUCGAAAGAUGGAAUUCUGGCAGAGAAUGGUGAAUCGAGAAAGGAGGAUGGGGGAGGGAGUGGGACCUGGAGUGCUGCAGAGGAUCUUGCACUGCUUAAUGCGCUCAAGGCAUUCCCCAAGGAUGCGUCGAUGAGGUGGGAGAAGAUAGCAUCAGCGGUGCCGGGGAAGUCAAAGGCUUGCUGUGUGAAGAGGGUUGCGGAGUUGAAGAGGGACUUUCGGAGCUCGAAAGCUUCUGAAACAUAGAGACUUGCUCUAAUUUGGUCUGGUAUGGAGGCGCCGAUGAGAUGUUCUUCUGCCUGAGUUCCUGUCUGCCAUGAAUUUGAACAAGGCUCACCGGUCAAAAGACAAUAAAGUUAUCGCAUCAAAAACUAGUAAAAGAUUCAAACACCUAACACCUGAAGAGAAAGUUAUCAAUGACCCUGGCAGUCUGAUUUCCACCAUCUAGCUCCGGAGCACACACGAAGCACGAGGAUCAGAUCAGUGGGGAAUCAACUGAAGUCCAUCACAUUCUCGGCCUUCAUCGAUUUCUUAUCAAUAAAAGUGAGAGUGCCUGUUUCAUUAAGUGAUAGUACAUUCUUCCCGAUUCUAGCAAAGUAUUUUGUCAUUUCUCCCUCCACCCCAUCCGACUUACAAGAUCAUGUUCUGCAUCCAUGAGAUCAGCACUCAAAGAAGCUGUAACUACAACUGUUAAUGCAUGCAGGAUCUUAUAUGAUAGCCAUCAUCACUGAAAUAUUGGCCAUGAGACUCCUGAAAACAAAAACUACCAGUUCCACCAGUUAAAUUUAUCAGCAUUCAUUUCCUUCGAAGACUCGCAUCACUUUUUUGCAGUUCUCACAUCAAAAAUAUUUAGCAUAAUCCUUUAAUUAAAAGUUAAUCACUACUGGCUAGUGAGACACCGCCACCCGAUGGAAUGGACCCAAAUACAGGAUGU